GCGACAGGAAGUGAUAACCUGAUUUCUUCGGCGUUGCGAAACUUUCCUUACAGCCAUUAUUUGGCGGAGUUCUGGCAUUUGCAUUCUGUUGUUUGCACACUUGCAGGUUCUAAUCACAGCCCCCAAUCAAUCGGACAAAAUGAAUGCAGAAUCCUCCCGCCACAACAUCGAGAAUACCGUGUGGGAAGUGCGGGAGCGAUAUGUGAACCUUUCCCUCAUUGGAUCUGGUGCUUAUGGCACGGUUUGCUCCGCAACCGACAGACGAACGGGGAACAAGGUCGCGAUUAAGAAGUUGUACCGCCCAUUUCAGUCUGAAAUUUAUGCCAAAAGAGCUUACAGAGAGCUGAAACUGUUGAAACACAUGAAGCACGAAAAUGUUAUUGGUCUCAUUGAUGUCUUCACACCAGCUCUUACACUGGAUGGAUUUACUGAUAUCUACUUAGUUAUGCCGUUUAUGGAUGCUGAUUUGAGCAAAGUCAUGGGAAAGCUAACAGAAGAAAAAAUUCAAUAUCUUUUAUAUCAGAUAUUGAAAGGUCUUAAGUAUAUUCAUUCAACUGGAAUAAUCCAUAGGGAUUUGAAGCCCGGUAAUUUGACUAUAAAUAAAGAUUGUGGCUUGAAGAUCAUUGACUUUGGUCUCGCAAGACACACAGAUUCAGAGAUGACAGGAUAUGUGGUCACACGAUGGUACCGUGCUCCUGAGGUCAUCCUGAACUGGAGGCACUAUACUCAGACCGUUGAUAUUUGGUCUGUUGGUUGUAUUUUUGCUGAAAUGGUCACCGGCAAGAUAUUGUUCAAAGGAAAAGAUUAUCUUGAUCAGCUAGCACAGAUUAUGAAGGUAACAGGAACUCCUGGUACUGAUUUCAUUCAAAAAUUAGACAGCAUUGAGGCUCGACAUUAUAUCAGAUCUCUACCCUACAUUAAGAAAAAAGAUUUUGCAUCCCUAUUCCCAAAUGUCAGUCCUUUGGCUUUGGACCUCCUGGAGAAGAUGUUAGUGUUGGAUGCAGACAAGCGUUUUUCAGCUGCUGAUGCUCUGAGUCAUCCCUACUUUGAACCAUUUCAUGAUCUAGAAGACAAGACUAAACCUGAGCCUUUUGAUGACUCUUUGGACCAGCUGAAGUUAUCAGUUGAUCUGUGGAAGAGACAUGUAUUUCAGGAGGUGAUGAAAUUUGUUCCCCUUUCAAGUCUAAACAAGAAACCUAUGGAAACAGCAUUUUAGUUUUGUGGCCACCCUGUUGCCAAUUUAGUCUGAUCCAGAAUUUGUGAGGGAAUAGCACAUGAAAACGCCAACAUCUUUCUUAUGUGUGCAAAGUAUUCCAUUUUUAUUGUCUUUAAAACUCUUAUUUGUAUACACGUUUAUGUUAUAGAAUUGUAUCAAUUCUAAACUUGAAUCACUUAAGUCAAACUUAGCAUUCAACUAAUAACUUCCCAUAAAAUUAUUGAUGACUAAUGUGUAAUUGAUAGAAAAAGUGGAUGUAAAUGUUAGUGUCUCUGUAACGUCUCUAGUACAUGUAAUAAAUAAAAUGUUCAUUGCGUUUGCAAAGGAAUAGAUUAUUGCUGUCUUUGGUAAGAACAAAAGGUCUGAGCGCUGAUAUUAUCAUUUUGAUUUUCGGUGAUGGGGCAAUGGUCAAGAAUUGGCAGUGCAUUGUAUACCUAUCCCUGCAUUUCAAAUUCUAUUUAUUUCAACAAAGAGGAAAAUCUGCAAAAGUAUAUAAUAGAUUAACAAUCCACUAUUGAACAAUUACUGCCAUUCCAGAAAUUAAAAACCGUAAAAUCUUCAGUAUGCAUUUCAUACCCAUUAAAUAUAGGAACAAGUGUAUCCAAACAUUUAGUACCAGCAUAACAUUCAUGGUAUAUUUUGAAUCCCCACUGUAAUUAUAAACAAUGCUAACUUAAAGCUUUGAAAUCAAUAAAUAUUUUAUUACUGCUUGUCA